AUGAAAGAUAUCUCAUUUAGAGGAUUCUUAUCCUUAAAAAAUAUCAAAAAUCCUCAAUAUAAAAUUGAAUAGUUAUUGGAUCAUCGAAAAGAUAAAUAUGUAAGAGAUAUAUUACCAAUUAAAAUUUAAAAUUUCGAAAUAGAACGAUUAGAAUGGGUUGAUUUUGUUGGUAAACCCAAUGAAGAAAUGCCAUGGAUUGCUCAUUGUUAUUGGAAUAUAAUGUAUGAUUACUAAAUGAUCGAAGAGAAAGAAGAACCUUUAAUAAAAUAAUAAUUAUCACCAAUAUUACCUUUAAAACAAUCAAAUGAGGCUUAAGACUUUGAUUACAAAUAGGAUUUAUAACAAUAACCUUAAAUAAUUUCUAAUAAAUUAAGUGAGUUUUAAGAAUAAAAAAGUUUAAGAUAAUAAAUUCCUAAUUUAUAACAUAAAUUACUUUCUCUACCUAGAAUUAAUAAUCGACUCUUUAAUAAACAUCAAUCAUUUUCAACAAGAGUUUCAAGUGUUUAGAGUAUUAUUGGCAUUUCAACUUCUAAAAAUUCUUCUCCUUAACAUAAAGUUGCUCGAAGCAAUUCUAGUUUUAGUUUAAAAAGGUAAUCUCCAACUAGAUAGAAGAUUAAAUUAUCAGUUUCUUGUAAAUUCUCUGAGAAAUCUUGGGCCAAAUCAUUUUCAGAUGCUUAAUUAUUAGAACACGAAACAGGACAUUAUCUGAUAGGAUGGAUAUGUGCUUUAGAAUUCAAAAGAUAAAUUGAAUAAUUAGGAAUAAUGAUGUCAGAUAAUCAUUCAAAUGAAAUAAAAUCAAUAUUUCAAACAAAUUUAAGAAUUUUUCUAAAAAUUGAAAAAGACUAUGAUGAAGAGACCAACCAUUACUUUAAUAUUAAUUAAUAAUAAUAAUGGAAUCACACAAUAAAAGAGUAAUUGUUAUUAUAUGAGAUGUAUUUUAACAAUUGA